AUGCUCCCUACUACGCUGCGCAACGCGCUUCUGUCCAUCGGCGUCUUCCUCCCCGGCCACGUCCUCGCAGACGACGAUGACGGCUCUGAUAUUGUUACGUUCCAGUUCUCAACUUGUGUGAGCACAUGUCUGGGAUCGACAGGCUACAGCAUGGAUGGAGAAGACAACCAGAAGGAAAUGUGCAAGGCCUCCCGGGAUGGCCUGCUGGAGGCGAUCACUGCCUGUACAGCAUCAAACUGCGUCGAGGAACUUGUCGCCCUGGAUUCAAAUCUUUUGCAGCCGAUGCAGACGGGCUGCAAGGAGCUCGAGAAGCCAGUGUCGGACGAUGAGAUCGAGGACGCUGCGAAUGCCGCUGUUUAUAUCCAGGCUACACUUGCCGCCAGCACGAGCACGAGCACCACGUCGUCGUCUUCUAUCGAGCCGCUACCGGUAGUGAUAAUGCCCACGACUCCAAGCUUCCAACCAUUAGCGGUCGAGACUGAGGCUUCAACAACACCCGACAUACUCACUACUCCGGUGCCCGCGGAAGCCCCAACGGCAGUCGAGCCUGCAGCAGAGACGACGACGCUGAGCCCGGCUCCCACCACGGUGACCGAGCCAACCAUCGCCCAGCCGGAGCUCGACGUCCCAGCUGAGACACAACCGUCAACAUCCGAGUUGAGCAUUCCUUCCGAUACGCAAACUCCCCCGGAGCCGUUCACUUCGACUGAGCCAAGCUCCACCGCCGCCGCGGCGAUAGUCCCCGUGGCGCAAAUCACCGAUAUCUCGCCCGAGCAGCCGGCCCCAGAGGCUACGACUGUCGCAGAGCAGCCAUCAGACCCGGCCCCGAGCCCUCCACCGGCAUCGGUCUCGAUAUCAACACCAGCCGGAGAUCACGCGAACCAAAUCCAGCCAGAGGCCACGCCCGAGACCACGGUAGUCAAGCCCAGCAGCACCGACACCGCCAACGCAAAAUCCCAACAGACGACAGCCCCCGAGCAGGCCCCAGCCAACAACCCCAUCGCCGACGCGACCACCAGCACCGAAUAUCCCAAGACGGAGGGCUCCGGGUCAAAGGCCACACACGCGAACGCCGGUAAUUCGGCCUCUCAGGGCAGCGACGACGACGAGGAGGAGGACUCCAGGUCGGGCGACACCUCCACGGCCACGCCGGACAUCAGCGGCGAGCUGGUGCUGGCGACGGGCACGCCGACCGCCUCGUCCGCCUCGGGCUUCGCCACCUCGGUGACGGCCUUGACGGCCUCCCCCUCGGCGUCCGGGACGCAGACCGCCGCGUCGGACGAUGAGGACCGUGGCCUGGGCGGGGGCAGCCCGUUCAGCGUCGUGAUGGCCUCGGCUGCCCCGGGGACUGCGCGGUGCUGGUGGGCCCCUCUGUGUGUCACGCUGGGAAUGGUUGUUCUCUCUUGUUCUGAGCGCUAA